AAGCAGAUAGACGUUUCCAAAAUGCACCAUUCAAACCAAGAGUAUUACUUGAAGCUGGAGGAGCUGAAGAAUGCCCACUUGGAGACCAUGGCCAGGCUGGAAAGUAUGUAUCGGAAUAAGCUGUAUUUGAAGAGAGAGCAACCCUUGGGCAAGAAAAAUGCUGCUGCUGGGAUGUGCUGUAGGCCAACUUGGGAGAAGAGCUCGUAUGAGCCUCUGCAUCUGCACAAAUCCUUUUCAGACUCUGACUUAAGCGAUCCCUUAAGCUCAAGUAUAUCCGAUGUGUCCGACAGAGAAUUAGCCUUUGAAGAAAACAGGAAUGAAACUCCAUCAUCUGCAUUUGCCAAGCAACGGAUUGAAAAAAUGUGGGAUGGGUUCUCUGUGGAAGAUUAUAUCCCUCGCACCAAACCCAGCUCACCCGCCUGCAGAACCGCAGGGAAGAAGCAGAAAGCAUGGUCACCCAGAGUGACGGUGCCCAAGCCCUUCCAGAUGACUAUCAGAGAAGCCAGGAAAAAAGAGCAGAACAUCAAGUCGAAGUCACUGGUUGAAAUGGAAAACCACUUACUGAGGAAGCGGCUGGAGGAGGAAGCAGAGUGUCAGAAGCAGUUCCGAGCUAACCCGGUGCCCGCUGCUGUCUUCCUGCCGCUCUACCAUGAAAUCGUGCGGCGCAAUGAGGAACGCAGGAGGUCUGUGAAAGAGAGAAGCAGGCUCCAGCUCUUGGCUUCUCAGAAGCCGUUUAAAUUCAUUGAGCGAGAGAAGCAAAGGAAUGAGAUGAGGAAAAUGCAGCUGAGAGACCUUUCUGCACCUGAAAAGAAACCAGGACUGUUCAAAGCAAAACCAGUUCCUAGAUGUGUUUAUAGCCCGGCUGUUAAUGACAAGCUGAAGGAGGAGGAGCUCUACAGGGAGAUCAGGAUCAGAAUGCGAGCUGAGGAGCUGCUGCGUAAUUCGUCUCUCCCCAACAGCAGGCUGGCGUUAAAAGACACCAGUAAAAAGAAGAAACCCAAGUGCAGUGAACCAAAGCAGACGGAGCGUAAACCCCGGCUCAAAUCAAGUGUUCCAGACUUUGAACUGCUGCACCAGAGAUUUCAGCAGCGGCUCCUGCAGCAGAAACAAGUGAAGCACCUGACAGUCUGUGAACCUUUUGGUCUUCGUACUCCGUGUAUUCCUUCAAACAAGGGGAAGAUAUUGCAGGACAUUGAAGCAGAUGAAGAAAAGCUGAAAGAAACACGCUGGCCAUAUGUCUCUCCGAGACGUAAACCCCAGAUGAGACAUUCGAGGGCAAAUUCACAUUUUGGAGGAUCUAAAUCACCAAAAGCCACAGAAUCCACCAGACGGCGGCUACACGCCAUAAGGAGUUCACUUGAGGAAAAGAGAAAGCUGGAAGAACAACAGAAAAGGACCAGAACAAAGCAGAAACAAAGAACAAAAAGACUCCAGAAAAUUGUAACCACUCGGGCUGAGGCCAAUGAUCCCCAUCAGAGCCUUGCUCAGGUGUCUAAAUCCAAAUUAAGAACAUUCAGGAAUUAUGAGAAGCAGAGAAUGCAAGAAUAUCUGCAAGAGUUGCAAGAAAUGGAAGAAAGAGUAAAACAAAGGCCAUUGCUUUUUGAAAGAGUCACUCAGCAAAAUGCCAGAAUAGCUGCAGAAAAGCAUUAUUCUAACAGACUGAGAGCACUGGGGAUAUGCCCAGAGUUUGUUUCGAGGAAAGGACAAACAACUAAAUUACUACAAUACUCCAGUGCUGAAGAUUUUAAUUACUCCACUGAUGCCAGAGAAAGAGUCAUCAAGGAUAAAGUGAAGGAAAAGGAAUCCUUUGAGGAAGCAGCUGACAGCAGUCCUCGGUCUGAGCACUCCUGGGAGGAGGAGGAGGAGAACAGAAAAGGUGUCAAGAUCCCUACCCAGGAUGGCCAGUCCAGUGAGGUGGAGGAUGAGGAAGAGGCGAGAGCCAGCCCUUAUGCUCAUGAGCCUUGCCAUGCAGGGGCAGCUGAGCUGAGCCCCACCUCUGACCAGCACCAUGAAGAAGAAGAGGAGGAGGAGGGAGAGGAAGAAGCGGAAGCAAAGGCAAAGGCAGGCCGGUCACUCAGCCAUUCCCAGGAAGAGGAUGAUGAUCAGUCAAGACCCAGCUCUCGGUCUGACCAGCCCCAUGAGCAUGAAGAGGAAGGUCAGUCUGACCCUGAAGAUGAGGGUGCUUUUGGCUAUGAGGAUGAGGAGUAUGAAAGUGAUGAUUCAGAAGAGAAACCCAGCGAUGAGGAAGCUGACUGA